AUGUGUUCGCUCGCACGCAAUGGCCGUCACUUCCAUCCCUUCCCACGUCUUCCCACCGAGCUUCGCCUCCGGAUCUGGGCCCUUGCGGCAACUCCACGCCUCGUCCACAUCAGCGUGAGGCAAACAGAACUGGACCGCUGGAAGCGUAUCGCCCUGAACGACUUCUCUUUGCCGAUGCCGUCGCCUGCCGUGAUGCACGUAUGCCGCAAGUCCCGUCUGUGCGCGCCGUACCAGAAGGCCUUCUUCACCAUUGUGCCCGGCGAGCCUGAGCAUCGGUACGUCUGGGUCGACUUCGAACGAGACAUGGUCUGGCUCGCAAACAGCCAAUUGGAACGGCUUGAGCCGUAUGAGACCAAAAUUCGGCGACUCAGGUUUACCGUCGAACCCGGCGCCCGCGGUGACUUGAUGUUCGAGGCCUUUGGCGGCUGUAGUCACGAGUUCAUGGCGCCGUUUACUGUCCUGCGGGAGCUGCAUGUGGCCAUAUCUGAUUGUUUCUGUGCCUGGGGCUCAACAUGGGCCGGCUCUGGUUACGGAAAAUGUCCCCGGGAAAAUGUCAGGUUCCUUGACCUCACCACAGGGCUCUUGUUGACUGGUCCUCAGCUGGAGAUGGCAUGCGAGUGGGAGUGGCAGAAAGGGGGAAGAGUGAUUGAUAUGGAUGAUUUUGAUUACGAGCUUUGGUUUAUGCUCGCCAAUUACACUGGCUCAAAUUUACCGGAGCUUGCAAAGAUAGAAUGA